UCCGUAAAGUUUUGGGGGCGGGAAGGGAAGGGGGAGGAACAUCUUCUGGCUUCUCUGGUACGAUUCAAACCUCCGUCUUCGUGUUUUCUGUCCAGAGAAAAUGGCUCGAAACAAGGAAGCAUUGAUCUUAUUGAUUGAUGUUGGUCCAUCAAUGCACAGUGUCUUACCAGAGAUUCAAAAAGUUUGUUCUUUGCUAAUACAAAAAAAGCUGGUUUUCAACAAAUAUGAUGAAGUAGGAGUUGUUGUAUUUGGAACAAAAGAUACCGACAAUGAUUUGAUGAAAGAAGUGGGUGGAUAUGAACAUGUCACAGUUUUACAGCCAAUCAAAGUGGUUGAUGGAGAUCUUGUUGAUGUUACACAACAACUUCCUCAAGGAACACUUCCUGGAGAUUUUAUGGAUGCGAUUGUUGUUGGAAUGGAUAUGCUAAUUAAAAAAUACCAAGAUACAAUCAAGGGUAAAAAACGUAUCUGUCUCAUAACUAAUGCCAUGUAUCCUAUUAAAGAUCCAUAUGAAGGUACAAAAGAAGAUCAAGUCUACACCAUUGCUGAACAAAUGGCUGCACAUGGUAUGAAAAUUGAUUGUAUCAUAUAUAGAGGAGAUCAAAACCGGGUCCCACAUAAUACCACAAUUGAAGAAAAUGAUAUGCUGUUGAGUAUAUUUUCAAAAAAGACAAAAGCAAAAGCAGUUCAUGUUGAAAGUUCAACCUCACUAUUAGGUGCAUUGAGAACGCGUAACCUAGCUCCUGUAACCACAUUCAGGGGUGAUCUUGAGUUAAGCCCUACAUGUAAAAUCAAGGUUUGGGUAUACAAGAAAACAUCUGAAGAAAAGUUCCCAACUCUCAAAAAAUAUUCUGAUAAAGCCCCUUCAACAGAUAAAUUUGCCACUCAUGAAAUCAAAUUAGAUUACGAGUAUAAAAGUGUUCAAGAUCCUAGUAAAGUUGUCCCUCCAGAACAAAGAAUAAAAGGCUACAGAUAUGGCCCACAAGUCAUUCCUAUCUCAUCUGCUGAAUUUGAAGCAGCCAAAUUCAAACCAGAAAAGGGCGUGAAGCUUUUAGGGUUCACAAAUGCUUCAAAUGUUAUGCGACACUACUACAUGAAAGAUGUCAACAUUAUCAUUGCUGACCCUGGCAACAAAAAGGCGCUUCUUGCUGUUUCUGCAUUAGCAAGGGCAAUGAAGGAAAUGAACAAAGUUGGAAUUUUGAGAUGUGUAUGGAGACAAGGGCAAGCAAAUGUUGUUAUAGGUGUUUUAACUCCUAAUGUAUCUGACAAAGAUAAUAUCGCGGAUUCUUUUUACUUCAAUGUCCUUCCUUUUGCUGAAGAUGUAAGGGAGUUUGAGUUUCCUUCUUUCAGCAACCUUCCAAAAUCACUUCAGCCAAAUAAAGAACAGCAAGAAGCUGCAGAUAAGUUGGUGAUGAUGAUGGAUUUAGCGCCAGCUGGCAAGGAGGAAGCUUUACGCCCGGAGUUCACUCCGAAUCCUGUUUUGGAGCGUUUCUACCACCAUCUUGAACUGAAAUCAAAGAAUCCAGAUGCAGCAGUGCCGCCACUUGAUUCAACUCUGAAAAGAAUAACAGAACCUGAUCAUGAAGUAGUAUCACAGAACAAGCUUGUAAUUGAUGAGUUUUGUAGAAAUUUUGAAAUCAAAGAAAAUCCCAAGCUGAAGAAAUCGGCUAGGCGCUUACUGAGGGAUCAAAAGUCAGGAUCUUUUGAAGGGCAAGUUGGUAAAAUUGAAGACAAGUUGAUGGACAUAGUGGGGUCCACGUCAGCAGUGAAGGUGGAGACAAUUGGGGAGUUGACAGCUGUACAAGAUUUUGAAGCUAUGAUAUCGCGCAGAGAUAGCCCUGAGUGGGUUAGCAAAGCUAUAUUUGGUAUGAAAAAUAAAGUAUUGGAUUUGGUGGAGAAUUCGUAUGAAGGGGAUAAUUAUCCAAAGGCUUUAGAAUGUUUGGUUGCUCUCAGAAAGGGAUGUGUCAUUGAGCAAGAACCAAAGCAAUUCAACAAUUUUUUGCGCCAUAUUUAUAGAUUCUGCGAAGAGAAAGAUUUAAAAAGUUUCUGUGAGCUUCUUGCUUCAAAAGACAUUAUGUUUAUUACCAAAACAGAGGCUGAAGACAGUGAUAUUGCAGAAAAAGAUGCUAGAAGCUUGUUUGUGAAAGCAGAGACUUGAAUGAUGGUGUAAGUUUUAUGUUUUUGAAGAUGCGUCAACUUUGGGAGUAGAAGAUUUAAGGUCUGUAAUGAAGCUUUGUGGAUUUUGGGCAUAUAUUUAUGGUAGAAAAAGUUAUUGUGUGUUUUUAAUUUUUAAUCAUAGUGCCUUUAAGGCACCUAUUAUAAAUGAAAG